AUGUUCACCUAAAUAUUGCUUAAGGCAAAUUUGAAUAGGGAGAGAAAAAUAAUUAAAAAGAGAGACGAAGGUUACGCGCAUGUGACACUCACGAGACAGCACGAAACCUUAAUUCUUUAUUGGCCGACAUGUUUUCUUGUCUGAACACUUUAUAUAUAGACUAUAGUAUCUUGUUUACAUAUUUAUUUCGCAAUUUUGUGUAUAAAUAGUUAUUAUUACUAUUAAGUAUUAACAAAUCUAACAUCAUCCUCAUCACACCCGUCACAAUCGUUUAUUACUUGCAUACAAGUUUUGAGUGAGUACAGUAAAUGCAUUGCAUUGACCUGCAUUCUUAUUGUACUAAUUUAUAUAAAAAAAUCUAAUAAAACUGUUCAAAAAUUAAAAAUAUACUAAAUUCACAUAAGAUGUUGUAUAAAUUAGAUGAAAGUUUUCAAGAUGCAAUCGCGAAAAUGGUGUAAAAUUAAGUGAUGAUGGAGAGUAGAAGACUGCAACUAGCAAUUUCAGUUUAUAGGAAAAAAUUAACUAGCUAUAAUGUAUAUACUGAUACACAUAUGUAGAGUAUUAAUGGUCUAAUGUGGAAUUUCGGAUAGUGAAAAUUCUCUAUGUAGGUCUAUGUCAUAGAACAUAGAUCGAGUCUCCCAUUUAUUUACGGUUACUAUAAAUUCUUCGUUAGUCACUACAGAGAUAUCUAUGACAACACGACAAUAUGGAUUAGAGAAAAGAUAAAGAUACCAUAAGCAAAUCCGUUUAUUCUCUACAUUACAUGAAAUCUACAUAUCUUGAAGUAUUUUGAAUGAUAAAAUAAAGGGUGAAAUCAAUGGACACAUGAAUUAUGCGUAUAAUUAAAACAUAGUAGUACUAAGAAAUAGUUCCCACGGAAAUCCCACGUGUUACAUAUAGUUUACUCAAUAUGGAAACCAGUCACGUGUUGUAUAUCCGCAAAGAAAAAUAUCUUUUUCAAUUAAGAUAUUUGUUGUCCAACGUAGGAGCCGGCUGGACCCAACUUCCAGAUUAUAAUAAUAAGAAAUUUUCACUCAGUCUUGUACUCUUGUUCAAACAUCAAUAAUCAAUAAACAAUUAGCACUAUGAUGGGGGACAAACCUUGUAUAAUUAAUUCUUCAUUUUACUAAAACGUCCAAUUAGGUAACAAAGAGGGUCCCGGACCAUUCUGGUUAUUUAAUAUAAUGGGGUCAAGCUCAGACUAAAGAUCAUCUUCAAUGGAAGGCUCUACAUUUUUCUCUAAAAUAGAAAUUUCUAUUAUAAAAGUAGAUUUGUUCUGAUCUAUAACUCUAUAAUAGAGUUUCUUUAUUUUAGAAGAAAAAUAGAAAAUGUUACUUUUGUCUCUAUAUUUAGAGAUGAAAAUAACACAUUUUUAUAUUUUUCUCUAUAAAUAAAAAAAACUUUAUUAUAAAAGUAUACACUAAAGUAAAUCCACUUUUAUAAGAUCAUUUUCAAUGUAUGUGUCUAUAUUUUCCUCUAAAAUAGAGAUCUUUGUUAUAGAGAUAUAUUUACUCUAAUGUAUGACUCUAUAAUAGAGUUUCUCUAUUUUAGAAAAAAUAUAGAAGAAUAUUACUUUUUGCCUCUCUAUUUAAAGGUGAAAAUAACACAUCUAUAUAUUUUUUCUCUAUAAAUAAAGAAAUUCUAUUAUAAAAGUAUACAUUAGAGCAAACUCAUUUUUAUAAUAAAGAUUUUAUAUUUUAGAAGAAAAUACAAAGAUAAAAAUAGAGGUGGAUUAAAGAUGAUUUAAUCAAAAUUCUUUAUUUUAGAUAAAAAUAUAGAUAUAAAAAUAGAGUUGGGUCAGAAAUGGUCUAAAGCUAAUAAUAUACACUCAUAAUGAUUACGUGGCAAUAAGCCUGCCUUGAUACAAACAACGGUGUGUUACGCGCGUAGAUUUCGCAUUAUGCGAGUCCCAUAACCGUAGCCUAUAUAUAUUCUUCUUCUUCACUUCUCUGCUUCAUAACUCCCAACCAAAAAAAAAACAACACAAAGCAUAACUUAGACAAACAAACAAAAAGACUUUUAAUUCGAACAAUCUUUAAACAAACCACUGUUCUCAGAGUUACCCAGUGAGAUCAUUCGAUUUUUUUAACAGUGGUUUCACUUUGUAAAAGUUGAACCGAGAGUUAAUUUUUUUUUUACCGACGAACUAGCGUUCUAAUGGAUAACAACGAUGAUAUUAUGCUGGCGGAGAUGAGGCCGAAGAAGCGUGCGGGACGGAUAGUGUUCAAGGAGACACGUCACCCAGUUUACAGAGGAAUACGGCGUAGGAACGGUGACAAAUGGGUCUGCGAAAUCCGAGAGCCGACACACCAACGCCGCAUCUGGCUAGGGACUUACCCCACGGCGGAGAUGGCGGCGCGUGCACACGACGUGGCUGCUUUUGCUCUGCGCGGGAGAUCCGCGUGUUUGAAUUUCGCCGACUCCGCCUGGCGGCUUCCGGUGCCGGAAUCAACCGAUCCAGAUGUCAUAAGGAGAGUGGCUGCGGAAGCGGCAGAGAUGUUCCGGCCGACGGAGUUCGAGAGUGGGAUCACGGUUUUGCCCUCUUACGGCAAUGAGGUGUAUUUGGGCUCUGGUUCAGGUUCGGGAUGGGAGGAGAGGAAUGUGUAUGGAUAUGUGGAAGAAGAAGAAGUGUCGACGACGAUGAGGAGACUGGCGUCUGAGCCGUUAAUGUCGCCGCCGCGGUCUUAUAUGGGAGGGGAAGGCAUGACUUCUAAUGCUUACAUGGGAGAAGAGAUGUGUUAUGAAGACACAUCACUGUGGAGUUACAGUUAUUAAGCGGGACGCACAUUUUAUUUACACUAUAUUUGAAUAAAUACUAUAUAAAAUGUCUGCUAGCAAUAGUGUGCGAGUUGUUAAGAUUUCUCUUCUGAAGGGUUUUAUUUUAGAUCCUUUGUUUGAGGUACAAGAUUCCUUGAUGGAAUAAUUUUGUAUGGUUUAGUAUAAGAAGAUCUUAUAAAAUGAUUUGAUGAAUCUA